AUGUAUCCAGUUGUUGUGAGUAGACAUUUUAUGGUACGUGUUAAUGCGCUAAUGCAGUUUCUUAAAACUGAUACCGAAAUAUUUGGCGGUAAAGUUAAAUAUCAUUGGUGGCAAAUCGAGUUUCAGAACAGAGGAAGUCCUCAUUUGCAUAUGGUUGUUUGGGUCGAAGAUCACUCGUCUGUUGCGACACCUGAAGGAAUAGCUCGAAUUGAUUCAGUCUGUAGUACUGCCAUUCCUCCAGAAACUUCAGAACUAUAUGAAUUAGUUAAAAAUUGUCAAAUACAUCGACACACUAGUACCUGCACGAAAAAUAAUUCUGUUUGUCGUUUCAACUUUCCACGCCCGGAAUGCUUAGAGACACAUGUUAUUGAUCCUUCAUCUAACGAAUUCAUCUACAACGGUGGUCGCAUUUGCGUUCUGAAAAGAAAAAGUGAAGAUGGUUGGGUAAAUAAUUACAGUCCUGCUUUGCUAAAAAUGUGGAAAGCCAAUAUGGAUAUACAACCGUGUGGUACAAAUGAGUCGAUUGCGUAUUACAUCGCUAAAUACGUGUCAAAAUCAGAACCUACAAACCUAGAUGGUGAAGUAUCUCGAGCUAUUCAACAAACUAGAAGAGAAGAAACUGACGUCUCGCGUAAGCUGUUUAAAAUAUGCAUGCGCAUAUUAAGAGAACGUCAAGUUUCAGCCUGCGAAUGCGUAUUCAGGCUAUGCCAUUUGAGUAUGCGUGACAGCUCGAGGAAAACAAUUUUUGUCAAUACUCGUAAAGUGGAACAAAGGUAUAAAGUGUUGAAGUUUAAUGAAGCUGGUCAAGCAGCAGGAUAUUGUGCCAAUAUUUUCGAACGAUAUGAAAAGCGACCAGCAGAGCAUCCCAACUAUGAUUUUAACAAUAUGUGUCUCAUAGAAUUUGCGAUGUUAUUUGAGCCACACUACACAAAACCGCCAGUUAUAAAUGAAGAGAGCAUCGAUACCGAUGCUUAUGCACCGCACGAGCAAACAACAAGAAGGCGUCUUGUUCGCCUUCUUGUUGUUUGCUCGUGCGGGCGUGUCGUUCUCGGACCCCAAGAUACAGGAUUAUCCUAG